AUGGGGACAGACGAAAUCAAGGCCUUUUUGAAUCUCAUUUCCUGCACUUUGGAGCUCUACUUUGGUAGGCCUCAAAGAUCUCUAAAAAAUCGUAGAAGCACCUGUGUAGGUGAUGCCUGUGAUGAUUGGCGCAUUGGUGACGGCGGCGGAGGCCUUCGUGGUGUUUUAUACAGACGCGAUCCCCUUCCACAUGAAGUGAAUAAAUAUCUUGGCAGCGGUAUGUACGAGCCCCUCGUGCUGUCAGAGCAUGAUGCCUUCGGGAACUAG